UGUGCCCUCUCCCCGCUCUUCCUUCUGCUGCUCUCCCUCUCACCUUCUCCUUUUCUUUUAUUGCUUUUACCUCUUGCCGAACCUUCCUCCGUUUCUCCAUCUCUUUCCCUCCUUUCCCAUUGCUUUCUUUCCACUUUCCUCUUAUUCCCACCUUGGACCUCCUUCUCUUCCUUUUCCCCUCACCACUUUCCUCUCGGCCCUUCUCUGGCUCUCCUCUGUAGCAGCAACUCUCUCUGGAUCUGUGGAUUGUUUUGUGACCCUGUGCCUCAGUGCCCUUCCCAUCUCACUUUCUCCCGACUCCCCUUCCGGCUCAGCGCGUGGCGGCCUGGCCCUGGGGGAAGGAAGUAUGGUUCCCGAGGUGAGGGCCCUGUCCUCCUUGCUGGGACUCGCGCUGCUCUGGUUCCCCUUGGACUCCCACGCUCGAGCCCGUCCAGACAUGUUUUGCCUUUUCCAUGGGAAGAGAUAUUCCCCUGGCGAGAGCUGGCACCCCUACUUGGAGCCACAGGGCCUGAUGUACUGCCUGCGCUGUACCUGCUCCGAGAGUGCCCAUGUGAGUUGUUACCGCCUCCACUGCCCACCCGUCCACUGCCCCCAGCCUGUGACUGAGCCACAGCAGUGCUGUCCCAGGUGUGUGGAGCCUCACACCCCCUCUGGACUCCGGGCCCCCCCAAAGUCCUGCCAGCACAACGGGACCAUAUACCAACAUGGAGAGAUCUUCAGUGCCCGAGAGCUGUUCCCCUCUCGCCUGCCCAACCAGUGUGUCCUCUGCAGCUGUACGGAGGGCCAGAUCUACUGUGGCCUCAUGACCUGCCCUGAACCAGGCUGUCCUGCACCCCUCCCGCUGCCUGACUCCUGCUGCCAGGCUUGCAAAGCCUUCUGCUUCUCAGAAGAGCCUGGGGGUGGUAGAGGAAAAGGUAAGAAUUUAUCCAUCAGCCAUCAACUCCCACUGGCCAAAGGUUCACCCCAAGGUGUUAACUUCUCAUACUGCCCUGUUCUGCAUGCAUGUGUGGGUUCUUGGAAGCCCUGGGAGCAUGAGGCAGGAGUGGGGGACCUGCUGGAGAUUUCGGGUGACAGAAGUGGCUUUAGGCCUUGGAGGGGCAAGGCCUAUAGGUGGAGAUCUGCAGGGCUCCAACCAGCAAGGCUGAGGAGGCCCAGGCUGACCCAACUUCCCUUUGGGUUUCCAGAUGGGCCAAGUGAGACACCAGCUGAAGAGGACCCCAUGCAGUCACAUCGUGAGGUGAGACAUUCCCAGGAUCUGUGCUCAAGUGACGGUGGGAGAAAGAGAGGCCUGAGCACCCCAGCACCCACUGGCCUCAGCUCCCCUCUGGGCUUCAUCCCUCGCCACUUCCGACCGAAGGGGGCAGGCAGCACCACAGUCAAGAUUGUCCUGAAGGAGAAACAUAAGAAAGCCUGCGUGCAUGGUGGGAAGACAUAUUCCCACGGGGAGGUGUGGAACCCAGCCUUCCGCUCCUUCGGACCCCUGCCCUGCAUCCUGUGUACCUGUCGGGAUGGUCACCAGGACUGCCAACGUGUGACCUGCCCUACCGAGUACCCCUGCCAUCACCCUGAGAAAGUGGCCGGGAAGUGCUGCAAGAUUUGCCCAGAGGACAAGGCAGACCCUGGCCACAGUGAGAUCAGUGCCACAAAGUGUCCGAAGGCGCCCAGCCGGGUCGUCGUCCACACGUCAGUGUCCCCAAGCCCAGACAGCCUGCGCCGCUUUGCCCUUGAGCGUGAGGCCUCUGACCAAGUGGAGAUCUACCUCUGGAAGCUGGUAAAAGAUGAGGAAACUGAGGCUCAGAGAGGUGAAGUACCUGGCCCAAGGCCACACAGCCAGAAUCUUCCACUUGAUUCAGAUCAAGAAAGUCAGGAAGCAAGACUUCCAGAAAGAGGCACAGAACUUCCGGCUACUCACCAGCACCCACGAAGGUCACUGGAACGUCUUUCUAGCCCAGACCCCAGAGCUGAAGGUCACGGCCAGUCCAGACAAGGCAACCAAGACCUUAUAACAAAGACCUAA